AUGUCUUUGCUAUCUGCCCACUUCGAGCAGAUUGCCAUAUCCUGUCAAGGCAUUGACAGCCUUCCCUUUCCCAAGCCCAAGAUCUUCACAAACGCUCUUCUCUCGAGCCACGACAUCACCUCAUUGAUUCGCGACACCGAGACGCAUGAACGUGCCCUCUUCUCAGUUCCACCGCCUCCUCCCGCACCGGCUGCCUCUCAAGAUCCCGCUCCACCCAAGCAAUCCUCCCGACGCCAGACCGUCUUCAAUGUCGCCUCGGGCGAAGUGACCACCUCGGGCAGUGCCACGGGCAGGAAUGUCGGCGCGCCGCGGCGCCACACCGCUGUUGCUGCCGUGCUCGGUGGAGAUCUGCACGACCAGAUACGCAAGAGCGAACGGGGCUGGAACAAGGAGAAUGUCGACGUCGAAAUCCUGCUCAGGGGUGCCGAGAAGCUGUGCGGUGUCUAUGCCCUACCCGGCGCCCUCGAGAGGAUACCCGCACAGCGAAGCCAGUACGCACAACUUCUUAAUACCAUGGCCUAUUACGAAGCCAAAGUCCAAGAGCAGAAAGACGCUCUAGAACUCAUGAAUAGGCCCAUGAGUGACGAGGAGGGUGAGGAGGAGGAGGAGCCAGAAGAGGAAGACAGUACGAUGCUAACCGAAGACGACCUGCGCCGUGAAGAGGAGGAAGUCCGCGAUCUGGACAGGAAGAAGAGAGACCUUCAACGAAGGUUACGAACCAUGGAGAAGGAUCUGGCUGGCUUACAGAAUUUUUAG